GCUGGGGUUGGCUUUCUCUGGCUGUAACUCAAUUAUGGCCACUAUUUGUCUCACAGCAGCUCUUUCUAUGUGCGGCACUGAACCAAGUGGUUCUUUAGCUACGUACAUUGAUCUCAGCCCCAAUUUCUCUAGUGUACUCAUGGGCAUUGGUAACAUGGUUUUUGUGACUCCAGGAUUUAUGUCUGCUGCACUUGUUGGUGCUCUAACUUACAAAAAUCAAUCAUCUGAACAGUGGAAGAAAGUUUUCCUUAUAUCAGCAGGCAUCCUUUUAGUUCCUGGCUUGCUACACCUUCUUGCAUCUUCAUCCAAAGUACAAGAAUGGAAUUUCCAAAGUCAGUGGCAAAAGAAAUGAAAGAUGGUGUUUCUGGAAAGGAUGUGGAAGCUCAGAAAUGUCUCACAUCAGACUAUGAAAGUGAAGAUCAUUAGGAUUAAGAAGAAGAAAACAACCAUAGACUGUGAAAAACAGUUACUUA